GAUACGACACCAGGAAGAACAGACGCCUCCCGGGUGUCAUGACCCAGCAGAUGCAGAACCUACAGUUGUCCCAGACCAGGAAGUGCCCCGGUGGGCCGGCCUCCCCCAGCGCCGCCAAGCGCCUCUACCGGAACCUGUCGGAGAAGCUUCGAGGAAGCACCUCCUCCUUCGAAGAUGCCUACUUCUUUGGCAAGACGGACCGUCUCCGCAAAGCCUCGACCAUGCAGGGCAGCGACUGCAUCUUCGAGGCCGUGGAGCAGCAGGACCUGGACGCGGUGCAGAUCCUCCUCUACCAGUUCUCGGCGGAGGAGCUGGACCUGAACACGCCCAACAGCCAGGGCCUGACGCCGCUGGACAUCGCCAUCAUGACCAACAACACGCCCAUCGCCAAACUGCUGCUGAAGGCCGGCGGCAAGGAGAGCCCACACUUUGUGAGCGUGGAGAGUCGGGAGGCCCACCUGAGCUCCCUGGUGGUGGAGGCUGAGCGGCGGGCGGCGGACCUGGCGGCUCAGGCGCAGAAAGACGGCCUCUCAUUGGAGGCCUGCCACAAGGACAAACAGCUGAAAGCCUGGGAGUGGAGGAGCAAGCUGUACAAACGCAUGAGGACGGGCUUCCAGCACGCACGUGCCCCGGAGCCCCCGUCUAUGGUUCGUCUGAGCGUGAGCAGUAGCACCACGCUGACCGUCACCUUCCAGGAGCCGCAGUGUCUCAACUCCACCGUUGUGACCAAAUACAGAGUGGAGUGGAGCUGCCUGAAGGAUUUCUCGCUGCUUGCUGGAGAGAUCGUGUUGGAUAAUCUGCAGACCCUCAAGUGCAUCAUCAGCGGCCUCACCACGGGUCGACUGUACUACGUUCGAGUGUCGGCUUACAACAUGAAAGGCUGGGGUCCACCUGCCUCCUCCCUCCCUCCGUCUGCAGCUCCUUCAAAUUGGAGGGAGAGCGACGGUCGGGAGCCCCGGAGGCGAGGCCACAUCGAGGCCAUGGAGCGUCUGCUGCAGCAGGUCCGAGCGACUCACACACACUACUGCUGUGGAGACCCCUCGAAGCUCCAGAACCAGAGCAGGAAGCAGUCCGUCUCCAGGAGUCUGAAGCACCUUUUCAACUCCUCCAACAAGUUUGUGAAAACGCUGAAAAGAGGGAUCUACCUGGCUGCUGUGUUCUACCAUAAGGACAGUUUACUGGUGACAGCGGAGGACCAGAUCCCCAUCGUGGAGGUGGACGACUCCUACAGCAGCUCCCUCAUGCAGGACUUCCUGUGGUUCACUAAGCUGUCCUGUAUGUGGGAGGACGUGCGGUGGCUGAGACAGAGCAUGUCGGUGUCCAUGUCGUCGUCCUCCACCCUGCAGGCCCGGCACAAGAUGCUGACGGCCGCCAGCCAGCUGCAGAGCCUUCUGGGAACUCACAACCUGGGCCGGGUCCACUACGAGCCCAUCAAGGACCGCCACGGCAACGUGCUUCUGGUGACCAUCCACGACACGGAGAGCCAGCACUCGCUGUUCAGCGGGAAGUGGAUGCAGGUGACCAAACUGCAGAGCCAGAGGAAGUCUCUGUCCACGCCCGAGGAGCCGUACGCCCUCGACAUCCUCAUCAUCACCAUCCAAGACAUUUUGGCGUACCAGCGGCGCAGCACUCACCGGCUGGCCCCGGGUCUCUACCUGGGCUUCCUGAAGCUCAGCAGCUCUGUAGACCAGAUCAAAGUCCUGGUGUCCCAGCGGACCCCCAACAUGCUCUGUCACUCCCGCAUACGAGACAACGCCAACGUCUCCAGGGAGGAGUGGGACUGGAUCCGCUCGCUGUCGGCUGCCGGAGAAAAGGACCGCACCGGGGAGGACAGCGAGGAGGCGGAGCCCAGGCCUGAAAGCCACGCCCCUUUGCUGUACUACGAGCUGCAGACGGCGAUCAAGUCUCUGCUGAAACACAUCAACCUACCUCUGCACCAGGCCCGUCACUUCCGUCUCUACAGUCAGGAGGUGGUGGAGCUCGGUCACGGCGUCUCCUUCCUGCUGCUGCUGCCGGCGGCCGACAACGUUUGCUCCGCCCCCGGACAGUCCAACCCCUACAGCCCCCUGUCAGGAUUCCUCCACCUGCCCCUGCAGAUGUUCGAACUCGUUCACUUCUGCACCUACAAAGAGAAGUUCAUCAGCCUGUACUGCCGCCUGUCCUCCGUCCUGGACCUGGACGCCCUCAUUACCCAGCAGGCACUGCGAGAGGCCAUCACUGACAGCGAGGUGGCCACGGCGAAACAGAGGCACCAGCUCAUACUGGACUACAUCCAGCAACUGGACGAGAUGCGGCGUGACCUCCGCUGGAUCACCGACGCCCUGCAGUACGCUCGCUACAAGCAGCCCCGCGGCGGCGUACCAAUCACCUGCCUGGUGGACGCCAACGCGCCCGAUAGCGACUCCGGCCAGCAGAAGACGGACUCCACCUCCUCGGCCAUGGACUACCUGCCCACGCCUUCGCCCUCGCCUGAACUGCGCAGACGGAAAGCCAUCAGCGACUCUCUGCUCGGGUCGGAUGAAGACGGGUCCUCGGAGGUUUUCCUGCCGACGGACAGCGACUACGACUCCAGCGACGCCCUGAGCCCCCGCGAGCUGGACCUGCUCUACUCGCCGCCCCAGGAUCUGUCCCAGCAGGCCGUGCACUCGCUGGGCGGCAGCGCCCCGGAUGUGCUCCAGAUCCACGAGCUCAGGUACAGCGUCUGCACGCCCAAAGACCUCCCCCUCUCUCCGGUGGACCCCCCUCUCUCCUCGCCGCUCCUCCCCCACUCCCCGUCUCUAUCCAAAAACUUCCCGUUCUCCACCUCUGGUCUGCCUCGCUCUCCCUCCCUCUCCAGGACGCUCCCCACCUCCCCGUCGGGGCCCCUGUCCCCCCGAUUCUCCACGGACCUGCCCCUGUCCUUCCCCCUCUCCCCGGUGCUGUCCGACACCACCAAGACCCUGGAGGGCCUCUCCCUCUCCAAGAGCCACCAAGAGGGCGCCACUUCCCUGAGGGCCCUCGUUAACCCCCCCGCCAAACGCAAACUGCUCUCCAGGAGCCACCGCGGCCAGUACUUCAGCGGGCCGCAGCGCUGGCUCAGGGGCCACAGCGGGGAGAGUCACACCGGGUCUUUAUCUGAGGGCGUCUACACCAAGCAGCUCGACCUGGACCUGCCUCUCCCCGGGGACCCGCCCUUCCUGCAGGGCCCCACCUACGUCAGCCACGCCUCCUGCGUCCUGGAGAGCCGCAAGGGCCGACACCGGGAGCCGCGACCCCACGUCCGCAGGAUCUUCGUGGAGCCCUGUAAGGAGCUGUCGCCGGGCCACGAGAGGAGGGGCUGGGAGGGGGAGGAGGAGGAGGAGGAGGAGGAGGUGAUGAUGGAGGAGGUGAAAGCAGCAGGUGUGUCGGUGUUCGUGGCAGAGGCGGAGCCUGAAGAAGAGGAGGAGGAGCCGGAGGGAGCCGCCACCCAGGAGGUAGACUCAGACGACCAAACCAACGCCCAGGUGUCGGAGCUCCUCAGCAGCACGCUGUAGGAGGCGGCAGUGACGAUUGGCCGGCCGUGUCCUGGCGAGCAGCCCUCGCCUCUCCGUAGAUUGUAAACUUCUCUAAAAGUUGCUGGUUCAACUCCGCCAAGCCUCAGAACCCAUGGCACCGACUGUUACGAAGAGAACAACCAAUGCAACGACAAACCAGGCACUGCUUCUCCGACCAGGAACUUUGCACACUUUGACUGAACGUCAACCAAAAAAACACUCGCUGGUGGUUUGAUUGAUUGAUCGAUUGAUGGUUUGAUUGAUUGAUUGUGGCUCCGUUUCUUUCCAGGUUUAGUUUUAUCAAAUUGAAUGGUUGGAGGAGUUUCCUGCAGGCGGCGCCGCCUUCAGAUGGAUUCUCCUCUGCUUGAAGUGAAUGUACAGUUCAGUCCGUUGGCGUCUCCUGUGUUUUGUUCAGCUCGGGUCUCAAUGUGGUCAAACAAACCUGUGGUCUGUCUAAAGUUUAAAUAUAUAUAUAAAAAUGAUUCCCCCGAGUCACUAAACCCAGACCACUCGAAACCUUAACACAUGAAGUAUUUUUGUAGUCUCUUUUACCCGAAGUGUUGUCAGAGCAUGACGUGUUUUGUGGGUUUUUUCUCCUGGGCCGAAGCUUCGUGUCCAGUUUGUGCCUCCUCCGGGUUCAGCAUGAUGAUGUCAGGGGUCGGCGGGGGAGGAGGGAGGGAAAUCUGCACUUUGGCCCUCGGGACCCGACGGUGUUUUUGUGUCGUGCUGUCGUGUUGAGCUUCUCUUUCCGUGUUUCCUCCGAGGCUGCUGGUGUGUUUUUAUCUUUUGUGUAUUAUUUCUUUUUUUACAACUCGCACCAAAAAAAACCCUGCACCUGUUUUCAGAGGAACGCCCGUCGGUCGGUCGGGCCGAGAGCUGUUCAGGUUCCUCAGAUGUAUGCACGCCGUUUUCAAAAGUGCGUUUUUAAUGUUUGCACAUAAAAAUGAUGGAAUAAAAGCUAAUUGAAUCUAUUUGAUGCAGUUUGGACUUUAACUGUGGCAGCUUCUAUCACUAAUGACUGUAACAUGUUCCAACAAAGUGUUGAUGAUAAAGACGUAUGAAGUG